UUAAGGAAUUUCAUCUGGUAAAGCCGGUCCAAGAGUGAGGAUGCUCCCACUUAAUGUGGAUAUGAAACCUGCAGCACACAGAGUUCAGUCCAAUGAAAGUUCCCGAGCUACAGGAGUUUCCGUCAACCUUGGGCAAAUAGAAAGAUAUCCUGCCAUAUGGAGACCGUGGGUUCUGGCGCAUAGAGAAGUUGGAAAGCUGCAAGAAAAAUGUGGAGCAGGUGGGAAGGACCAAUUUAAUACACAGAUGGCUAAAGGCGCUCUGGGAUUUCAACAUCCUGUCAGGCUAUGCGUGCCAAAGUCCAGGACCCAGGAGUACCUGUCUCAUCUGGGAAAGAAGGUUCUAGCCAGUUUCCCCAUCCAGGCUACCCUCCAUUUCUACAACGAUGAGUCCAGCUCUGAAGAGGAGGAGGAGGAGGAGGAGGAGUAGAGCAAGAAAGAGGCAGAGUGACGUGAUGGAGGAAGGGCAACUUCCUGCGGUCCAUGUGCAGAACACUCUGCAUGUGUGUUCAUGCAGUGCUGAGCCAUUUUGAGAGACAGCUGUAAUCACUGCUCAGUCUUUCCA